AUGACUUCGCAGCUGUCAUGUCUCGAAAACUUGCCGAACGAAAUCCUGGAUGAGAUUGUGAGCUAUCUUCCAGUGGCUACUCCCUCCGAAUACAACUUUCAUCAUACACCAGCAAUACAUUUCACAGCUUCCAGUACGCAAAACUUGAAGAAUGCCGCACAAGUAUCUUCACGGCUGCUCGAGCUCGUGCGAUCAAGACUCUACGCGCAUUCCCGAUUCUAUCUCGAUGAUCUCUAUGACUUUCUCAAUUUCGUCACAUCGCACAGACUAGAACGCCAUAUUACCUCGCUUGUCGUGCUACUCGGGAAUGAUCCACCCCGCGACUUGAACAUUAACCGGUUGCUCCGACAUCUGUCCAACCUCAACCCAUUGCGGAUCACUGUUCUUGCACCACCUUCGCGGAUUGGGGCCAUGUUGAGCACCAAGGCUCCGGAGGAGCAUAAUUGGGCAUUUCAAAUUACUCACCAGUUGUGUCAGUGGGAGCGAAGUACCCUGCCUGAAUCCCGGGUCUUCACGACUAACCCGUCAUCCAACCCGUUGGAUAUCAUGGCCUAUUCAUCUCUCAGAUUCAAUGAGGGCUCCUCGCUCAGAGCGUACGCACAUUAUGAGUACUUCUUGUUCGAGGUUCCGUCAGUGCUUGGUAAAUGGGGUACAAUAGCCUCCAUGGGCAGCGAUGAGGAGAAACUGUCCAUAUCGCGCGGGCUCCGGCAUCUGACUUCAUUCAGCUACACCGCUAUAUUCCCCUUCUAUAAUCAUGUGAAAUUGGUCUUGGAUGCCCUGGAGUUGAUGAUUAACUUGCAAUCAUUCACCGUACAACUGGCCCCAUGCUCAGAAGACUCGGCCAUUGACCUGGCAAAUAGAGGUCCCAUCGAUCCCAACGAUCCAUGGAUGGAGCUGGCUACGGGGUACGAUAUCAUCGCUCAUUCCAUCAUUGAGCUGGGACGUAGCGCUUCGCUUGUUCAUUUCCGCACCCUUGACUACUCAAACGAGGCACUUCGUGUUGAACUCAGCCAAUCGUUAGGCGCAAAGUUCAAAGAUACCGAAUGGGAGACGAAUGGCCUUGGGGAAUGGACCAAAACAGCGUCGAAUGGAGGAAUCAAGAACCAGUCUCCGAACACUGGUGCAUGA